UUCUAGACUAAAGUCAGUCUUGUGCUUGAACCAGGCCACUGAGGACGCCAUAAAUUUACCUUUCGGUUAGCUCGCCCUUGUUUUCAUUUUCUCGACAUUAGUCAAAGUGCUUCGCUGUUUAGAGCAUAGCAAUGGCCCAAUUCAUCCCCAAUGCAAGCGAACAGGAGACUGUUAACAAGCUUCGAGAACAACUGGUUGAUGUGUCGGAUUGGCAGGACAUCCAGCAAGAUGCGUUUCUCUUAAAGUGGCUGAAAGCCAAAGACAUGGAUUUCGAGAAGACGAAAGCUGGACUUUUGGAAUGCUACAAGUUUCGAAAAGAAGCCGGUUUGGACACUAUCCUGAAGGACUAUACUCCAGAUCCAGAGUUGGAGAAAUUGUUCCCCUACGACAUAACAGGCUACGACAAGGAGGGCUGCCCAAUUGUUUGUACUGAGGUGCUACCUCAUAAUCCGAAGGUUAUCAUCAAGAAAUACGGGAAAGAUGCAUUAAUCAAAUUCGGAGACUACAAUUUAGAGAAAAUUGCUCAAGCUUGUCGAGACAUCCACAAACCUGAGAAACCAAUUCAGCAGAUAAUUGUUAUCUGUGAUGCGAAAAAAUUUACAUUUAAACAAAUGACGUCUCCUGGGGCCACUGAAUUGGCUUUGGAUCAGCUCAAAAGGAUUGAACCUAAUUAUCCAGACGAUGUGAAACUCAUUUGCGUUGUAAACGCCCCAAAGGUUGCAAAGCUGGCCUACAAGAUUGUAAAACCGUUUGUCAAUGAAAAAACGAUAAAAAAUAUCAAGUUGUUUCCCAAGUGUAAUGCUAAGGUUAAAAAUUUCCUGCUCCAAUACAUCGAUAUUAAUGAACUUCCACAAAAGUACGGAGGCAACAAAAAAAUUGGCGGAUCUGCGGAUCCAAAUUUGCUGAAUGAUGAUGAAGAUAUUAGUGGAAACCCUGAUGACUUGGAAGAACACGAAGACAUGAUCGAAGUCAAGGUACCUUCGGGUAAAAAAAUCAAGUUGGAAUAUCAAGUGGACGUAGCAAAAACCCAGAUUUGCUGGAGUUUUCAGACGGAUGACCGUGAUAUUGGAUUUUCGGUAUAUUUGGGAGAAAAAGAGGAAAUUAUUGUUCCUUACGAAAAGUUCCAAUCGCUUGCUCUGCAAAAUAACUCCAUCACUUGUGAGAAAACUGGAAAAUACACGUUGUGUUUCAACAAUAAGGAAAAUCGGUUCAGAUCUGUCUCCUUGAAUUACAUUGUGUCCGUCUUCCCACCAGGAACUGAUGAUGACUAAACACACACACUCCACUCCAUUAACAACAAUUUUAUUCGUUUCAAAAUUAUUUUACAUCAUUAUUAUUUCUAUGAGCUAACACUUUAUUCUAAUCAAUUCCAAACUCUAAAACAUGCUGCAUGUUGAAUUACCAGACAUUCUAUGAGCUACGUACUUUAUACUUGAAUUCUAUUUCAAUCUUUAACACCAGUUGCAAGUUUUAAUAAACUGUUGCAUAAUCGGA